UCAUUUAACCCGCCUUGCUCGAAAUCUAAAAUAAUUUCCCCCAAAUUCACUUUCCCGCAAAAUUCAAAUCCAAAAAUCUCUCAAAUCUAAAACUCAUUUCACUUCCCGGGCAAUUUCCCACCUUCAAAAACCCUCUUUUAGUACUUCAUCACCCUCAAUUUCAUUCAAUCAAACCCAAAACACUGUUCCCAAUCCACCAAAUCUCAUCACAAAUGGAAAACAAUUUCAAAGAUUUGCCUCCCCUGAAGAGAUUCAGGCUCAUCCAACAACAACAAGAGCUUGAACUCAAAUCUCUCCCCGCGAAAAAACGCAAGCAUUUCACUGUUAGUUCAUCUCCACCGCCUUCUUAUUCUCUCCCCGCUAAGAAAAGGGUCUCCGCCUUUCGCCCUUUCGACCUCAAUCUUGAUUACCCUUUUCCGGAAGACGAUGAAUUAGGCCAAAUCAAAAACCCCCUCGAAAAAAAUCAAGAAAAUCUCGAUGACCCUUUUUCGGAAGAUGAUAUAUUAGGCCAAAUCAAAACCCCCCUCGAAAAAAAUCAAGAAAAUCUCGAUAACCCUUUUUCAGAAGAUGAUGAAUUAGGCCAAAUCAAAAAACCCCUUGUAAAAAAUCAAGAAAAUCAAGAACCAAGUGACAAUGUUAGUGAUGAUGAUGGGAUUGUCUGUGCUGUUUGCCAAAGCACAGAUGCUGAUCCAUCGGAUCCUAUCGUGUUCUGCGAUGGUUGUGACCUAAUGGUUCACACUACUUGUUAUGGCACACCAUUGACUAAUGGUGUCCCAGAGGGAGAUUGGUUCUGUUCCAAGUGCCUGGUUUCUAAAAAAGACAACACGAAAGUCAUUUCGUGUUGCCUUUGUCCUGAAACUGAAGGCGCGAUGAAACGUGCUGGUGAUGAAAAUUGGGCUCACAUUGUAUGUGCAUUGUUUGUUCCUGAGGUCUUUUUUCAGGACUCUGAAGGGCGUGAAGGGAUUGAUACUACUGAGGUUCCUUCGCGAAGGUGGGGCAACAAAUGCUAUCUUUGUGACUUGGUGAAAGGGUGUGUGAUAGAUUGUUCUGAGCCUAAGUGUCCAUUGGCAUUUCAUGUUACUUGUGGAUUGAAACAGGAGCUUUGUAUUGAGUAUAGAGAGGGGAAGAGUAAGGGAGCCAUUGUCGCGGGUUUUUGCAAGACUCAUACUAAUUUGUGGACUAAGCAACAGCAAUCAGGGAAGUUCAAGAUUGUUGCGAGAGAUGAGCACAAGAGGAACUAGAAGGGGGCUUAAAAAUCUUGGGUUCUUCUGUAGAACUCUAGGAUUAUAUACUUGGAUUUUGUAUCAAGGGGGAUAUAGAAUUGUUAGAUUUGCAGUCUUUUUUCUUUUUGUUCUUGUUAUCAUUGAAACUUGCUUUAGAGUUUGGUUUUACAGUAAUAAUUGAUAUUUUAAUUGAGUUUUUUUUUUA